GAUUGGUUUGCUGAAUCCGGAAGUAGAGCUAACCUUGACAAGUGAGCAUAACACAUGGGAGCUUCAGGUAAAAAUGUAUACAAAUGGACGGUUCUGAUCUGUUAAAUUGGAGUAAUUCACCAGGAUUGUUUUACGUUUUUUAAUGUAUUCUGGGAUGGUUGCUUCGUUCCUCCUAUCCGUUUAUUUUUUCUAAAACUGGCCAAAUGAAUGGCUUGCACUUUACACAUUUCUGCAGCAUAAACUAACGCUUGGAAUACAUGUUGCCAUCGACUGCUCUCUAAAGAUGAGGAACCCUUUUCUGUCCGUCGCCAGAAGCUAUAAAGCUGUGCAAAGACUUCAACAGAGCCCAAUCUUCUCUGUAGUUUCAGCACAGUUUACAAAAAGAAAUAUCGCCGUGAUAAGAUGUAUGAGCUCAUAUGCCUGCAAAGACGACAGAAAUUACUACAUAACAACUCCUAUCUUCUAUGUCAAUGCCUCUCCUCACCUGGGACACCUGUAUUCAGCUGUGAUGGCUGACUGCUUACACAGAUAUAAACUACUGAAGGGCUUCAACUCAAAGUUUGCAACCGGUACAGAUGAACAUGGCUUGAAAAUCCAACAAGCUGCAGAGGCGGCAGGAAAAGAUCCCCUGACGUUCUGCACUGAUGUCUCCCAGAGAUUCCAACACCUCUUCAGCACCUGCAACAUAUCGUAUACAGACUACAUAAGAACCACAGAGCAGAGACACCGAGAGGCAGUGGAGCAUUUCUGGUCAGUGCUCUGGAACAAAGGGCUCAUCUACAAGGGGAGCUAUGAAGGCUGGUACUCCACCCAAGAUGAAAGUUUCCUCACACCAUCACAGGUGGUUGAUGCUUUGGACUCAUCGGGCGAGGAGAUCAAGGUGUCAUUGGAGAGUGGACACAAGGUGGAGUGGAUGAAAGAAGAGAACUACAUGUUCCGUCUGUCUGCAUUUCGGUCUCAGCUCCUCAACUGGCUCAGAGGAAAUCCUGGUGCUGUCCAGCCUGAGCGUUUCUACCAUGCUGUCCUCCAGUGGCUGCAGGAGGACCUUCCUGACCUAUCCGUGUCCCGUCAGAGAAGCCGCCUCCAAUGGGGCAUCCCAGUCCCAGGUGACCCAGGACAAACCAUCUACGUGUGGCUGGACGCCCUGGUAAACUACCUCACUGUAGCUGGCUAUCCAGAACAACACAACAGAUGGUGGAACGUGGCCCACCACGUUGUCGGCAAAGACAUUUUAAAGUUUCAUGCCAUCUACUGGCCGUCUUUUCUUCUUGGGGCUGGGCUGCCGCUGCCUCAGACGAUAUAUGUGCACUCUCACUGGACAGUCGGAGGAAAGAAAAUGUCUAAAAGUCUGGGUAAUGUGGUGGAUCCUCUUGAACGCUCACAGAUGUUCACAACUGAUGGUAUGAGGUACUUUCUCCUGCGCCAGGGAGUCCCAGAUGCAGACUGUGAUUACACCGAUGAUAAAGUUCUUAAGCUUCUUAAUUCAGAGCUUGCUGACUCUCUUGGCGGUCUGCUUAACCGCUGCACAGCUCCGGCUCUUAACCCUGCUCAGGUCUACCCUUCUUUCUGCUCUCUGUCCCUCCCAUGUGAUGAGGGAGGGAGGGCUGUGGCUGAAGACUACUACAUGUUGGAUGCUGUGAAAAAUCUCCCAGCUGUGGUUGAGCAGCACUAUGAGAGCAUGCAUGUGUACAAAGCUCUGGAAGCCAUCAGUGCCUGUGUGAGGCAGACCAACGGAUUCGUUCAACGCCACAAACCCUGGAAGCUGGAUCGGAGAGACGGCAAAGACCAGCGCUGGCUGGACACUGUCAUCCAUGUCACAUUUGAAUGCCUGAGAAUGUAUGGCACGCUCCUCCAGCCAGUGGUGCCUGAGAUUUCUAACAAACUGCUGUCCAGACUCGGGAUGCAACCAGCAGAGAGGAGCUGGGCAAAUGUGAACUUCCUGCCAAGGUAUCAGGGAAAAGACUGUCCAUUUGAAGGAAGAAUGCUAGGACCUGACUCUGGAGUACUUUUUAGUCGCUUGGAAAGUCUGAAUGCAGAUAAACAAAAACCAAAGACAACAAAAAAAGCAACAAAAUCUAAAUAAGGAAUGUUUUCCAUUUCCUGUACACUAAUGCCGUUGAUAUAAAAUAAAAAUCCUGACCAUUUCUGUUGA